AUGGGCCAUAUCGCGGAAUGGUUGUCCGAGCCAAUGACGGAGGAUGUGUUGCAAAAGAUAUUCAUGUCAGACCAAGACAUGUACCCUGCUCCAUUGACAUAUGCACGCUUGAAGAGCUGGGUUGACGGGUGCCCCGACCUGUCCCGUUGUUUUUCCAUUCCGCCAGACACGGGGAAAGACACUGAGCGAAACGAAGUUGCAGGCGCCAUUAUUGUGCUGCCACUGAUAGAAACUGCAUGGCGAGAUUUACUGGACGGAACGCUUCGAGAGACGGAUAUAGACCCCUCAGUUAUGUUUCCACCAGACGAUUCAUCGUCCGCAGUCGGCUUACACGUGUUCCAUGUGGAGCGUUUCAGCGAAAGGCUGAAAGGCUUUGCGACUGGGUCGUUGAAAUACGCCCAUGACGCAGCUAGAACAAAACAAUGGGAUGUGUUGGGAUGUUCUGCCUUGACAGCAACCGAAGAAGGCACCCGAAGCUUUCAAAGGUUGGGUUUUGUAGCCACGGGUUACGAAGAGUUUUGGGUAGAAAUCAAUUGUCAAAUCACCUUGGUCCCAGUCUAUCCCGGUCAGGGUGCUGACCUGGUUACAAAGUCCGAGAAGGCCUGUAUCAAGGGAAAAGCCCACAUGGUCGCGAGGUUCUCGAACGACAAAGACCAGGCGUCUCAUUAA